CUCCCUCCCUCCCUCCCUCCCUCCUUCUCUCGCUCUGCAAGUCUACAGCCUGUGGUUCCCCCCCCCCCGAUAAGGCACCGGGGAUCCGUUCAGUAUCGAAGGAGCAAAACUUGACACUUGUGUUGUUGCGUUGUGUUUUUGCAAAGAAAAAAGAUGAUCCCAACCACUUGUCUGAUCGCCUCGCUGGUGCUCCACGUCUCCUGGGGAUUGAAAUUUAUGUCCAGUCCAACUAACCAGACCGUGGCUUUGGGUCGGAGUGCACAGAUGAAGUGUGUGCUAAAGGGGGUCUCAGUUUCCCCCCAAAUCCACUGGCUGAAGGAUGGCAAGCAGCUGCAGGAAGCGGAUGUGUCCCACAUGGUGCUCGACGAGGAUGAGUGGCUCAGCAGCAUCAGGUUGAGCUCAGUUCACCAGGCUGACACAGGCUCGUAUUGGUGCAGGAGCAAUGCCAACGGAUUUCAGAUCAACUCCAAGAAGGGCUUUCUGAGUGUGGAGGGUCUGCCACACUUCACGCAGGAACCUGAGGAUUUGGCUGUCUUUAAGAACACAACCUUCAACAUGACCUGUGCUGCUGUGGGAUCACCAAAGCCAACAACAUUUUUCUGGAAAAUGGGAGGAGCGUUUGUCAGUGGGAAAUGGACCGAGUCUCCGUCUGUGCUGAGAGUUCAAGGAAUAAACCAGCCGACCACCUUCUCCUGUGAAGCUCAUAACAGUAAGGGAGUCGCUGCCUCCAGGAUCGCCAAUGUUAAAGUUUUACCAGAUCCACCCAGGGCACUGAGUGUAACCAACAUGACCCCUCACGAGGUCAGCAUCACCUGGACCGUCCAGACAGAGGGUUUCUCAAAGCUUCGCUCGUGUACCGCUCAGGUUGUCCCCAGCUCGGGCCCUGACGGGAGCGUCACUGUGCCCCUGGAGCAGACGUUUGAGGUGCCGCCGUACGAACACAUGCUGGAGGGCCUCAAACCCUUCACGCACUAUAUCGCCCGCCUGCGCUGCACCAACCAGGUCGGCGACUCUCACUUCACCAACUGGACCCACUUCAGCACCUUGGAGGCUGCUCCAGGUGCAGCACCCAAGAACGUGACAUUUCUCCGCAACAAGUCGUCCUUGGUGGUUGGAUGGCAAGGGCUGAGGCCCCAGGAUGUGAAUGGGGUUCUCCUGGGCUACAGGGUGGAUUGGAGUAAAAACAGGAGCAGCAAGGAGAUCACUGUCCACGCGGAUACCCGAGCCGUCCUUCAACCUUUCGACCCCUUCACCAGACACUUGAUCCGUGUGCAGGCAUUCACUGUGGCAGGUGCUGGGCCGUGGAGCCAAACACUGGUACUGGCAGCUCAGCCAGAACCUCGGAAAGGAAAGCACAGACGGUCGUGGGCCCCUCUGGUCAUUGGGAUACUGUGUGCUGCCCUGACCCUGGUGGCUGUGCUGCUGGUCGUGUACCAUACCCGGAAGAAGGAGCUACAGUUUGGAAAAGCCUUUGGACCUACUACACCGGGAAGGACCGUGCUGGUGCAGUACCGAGCAGUGAGGACCUACAACCGGCAAGGCACAGAGCGGCUCGAAGCCACAUUUGACACUCUGGGAAUCAGCGAAUCUCUGAAGCAAAAGCUGCAGGACAUCUUCAUCCCUGAACAGCAGCUGAUACUGGGCCGGACACUGGGCAGAGGAGAGUUCGGCUCAGUCAAAGAGGCUCAAUUGAAGAUGGAAGAUGGCUCCAGUCAGAAGGUGGCUGUGAAGAUAGUGAAAACUGACGUAAACUCCUCGGGUGAUAUUGAGGAGCUGCUGCGAGAGGCGGCCUGUAUGAAGGAUUUUGACCAUCCCAAUGUCAUCAAGGUGAUCGGAGUGAGUCUGCAAAGCCGAGCCAAUCGCCGGCUCCCAGUGCCCAUGGUGCUGCUGCCCUUCAUGAAACACGGAGACCUGCACAGCUUCCUGGUGAUGUCCAGACUGGGAGAGCAGCCCACUGAGAUGCCAGUACAGACCCUGUUGAAAUUCAUGAUAGACAUCGCCAGGGGAAUGGAGUAUUUGAGUCAAAAGAACUUUAUUCACAGGGACCUGGCCACACGCAACUGCAUGCUGAACGAGGACAUGGGGGUGUGUGUGGCGGACUUUGGUUUGUCCAGGAAGCUGUACAGCGGUGACUAUUACCGGCAGGGCAGUGCUGGCAAGCUCCCCGUCAAGUGGAUCGCAUUGGAGAGUCUGGCAGAUAACGUGUACACACUCCACAGUGACGUGUGGUCGUUCGGGGUCACAAUGUGGGAAAUUAGUACCAGAGGCCAGACGCCGUACCCAGGCAUAGAGAACGCAGAGAUCUACGACUACCUCCUCCAGGGCCACAGGCUCAAACAGCCCCCACACUGCACACCCAUGCUGUACCAGUUGAUGAGCGAGUGCUGGCACACCGAGCCCAAGCUCAGGCCCAGUUUCCAGUCCCUGAGGCAGUCCCUGGAGGAGCUCCUAGCUGGCUUCUCUCCGGCCCCAGAGACCGGCGAGCAUCUGUACAUGAACCUGCGCGAGGAAGAGGAAGCAUCGGGGCUGAAGCAAGCUUGCGGGAUGGGCUGCUGGGAAGCGGAGGGACAGAGACCCCAGAGAACAGAGAUGCGGUUAGAAGCCAGUUCUGGCUACCGCUACGUAAUGGUUCCUCUGGACGCAGCCACGGAACAUACUGAGUGCAACCGUUUCACCUCUGUGAGACACGAGGUAACAGAUCCAUUAAUCGAGGGAGAGGUCGAAGAGGAACGGGUUAUCAUCAAUCUGUAGCGAACAGAGGCUGGGAAACCAUCAGCGACCAGUGCAAUAACAAGACAAGAGAAGACAAUCCUUAAAGGGACAAUGCUUCUAAUCUGCUCUCCUCGGGAGCCGGCAGACCCAAGGUGGACGUCCCCAGGGAAACAUUUGCUGCCUGACAGCUCCUCAAUACUUCUGUCCACUCUUUUGCACUCACCAGUCAGUGGGACUUUGGUUCUCACCAAUCGGCCCUCUCUCGCGUGCACCUUGCAGAGGAUUGGAUUGCGAGACAGGCAAGAGGAGAUGAAGGAACCGAGCACCUGAUAGAAGUCUUCAGAACUCUCUGUCUGGAAGAUUAUUUCUACCGAGAAAGAUUAUUCCCGCUGGAGUGUGAAUCAGUCACAUGGUUGCACGAACUCAGGAUUGACACAAGGACGGUUAAGGGAGGUUAGGAGACUCCUGUUCAUGUGGAAGGCUAUUAGAAUAUGGCAGAGUUUGCCCCAAGUGAGUGAGCUAACCUAAUAAUAAUGGUGAUAAUUCAGUCCAUGACUAUUUGUGGGACACUGCUGUGCGCAAUUGGCUGCUGUGUUUCGACCACAAAAUACAUAGUCAAUCUACUUUACAGUAUAUCCUUUGAAGCGCUUUGAGACAUCUCAAUGACGUGGUAAGGCAAUGCAUCAAAUGCUAGGAUUAUUAUCAUAUACAGUGGUGUGACAGCUUCCCCGUGAACAAGUGCCAGCCAUGACUUCAAUAUUGAUCAUGCCAUUCUGACUGACAACAAACAUGGCUGUACACACACUGGAGCUAUACUUCCACUCCUCCAUUCCAAGACUCCAUCCCAUCAACAGUGGGAAUUGUCAUACAAUGGACAGUUUGGGAGCUUGACCCUGUUGCCUGCACCCUGUGGAUGACUGGGUGUCUCUGACUACUGUUAACCAGAGUGAAUGAAGUGUACGAGACGAUGGAGCGCUGAUGGCUGAGCUGGUCCCCUGAACACUCCGAAGCCCUCUGUAAAAGUGCCUUAGCAGCCAGCCACGUCAGCUUGAUGUGCAGAUUGUUUUGUACAGGGUAUCCACAAAGUCCUGUUACCCCCCGUGUAUGUGUGUGUUUUUCCCCCUACAGUGCAUUGACCAACAACUGAAAUGUGGAAGAAUUACUUAACUGUAUGCAGCACAGGGGUAACAGGAUUUUGUGGACACCCUGUACAAUAAUUCUUUCUGCAGUGUCUCCCAAAUUAGCCUGAACUUAGAACAGCGGGGUGGCCAUCUAAUGUGGGUUGUCCCAGCAUAGGGACGCUGACAUUUCUUUGAUUGAAAAUUCACGGUUUACAAAGUUGUUCAGAAGAUCCCAUUCCAGGAACACGCAAUCUAUAAAAUAUUCCCGUGAUUCUGGCAGCCUUAAAUCCAGAUCCCAAAGCCAUGGUUUAGUCUACCUUCACUGUCGUCGAAGUCCACCUUCACUGUCUUCAUCCUAGUUAAAGGGGCAGUCUUUAAUAUCAAAUGGUUGUCAAAUCAGUUUUGUGACCAUUUAUUUCCAGACAGAACACAACAACUACAAUACACUUCACUUUGUAUGGCUUGUGCUUCAUGUCACUCGCUGUCCUGAACAUUAGGAAUGACACUUCUCCCUCUCCUUCCCCAGAUUAAACGAUUGCCACAUGCCUUUUUCCACAAAGUUUUACCUUUGAUAUGAACCGCACCACCUCUUCCUAAAAACUGCGGACCUACAGAGGUCUGAAUAGUGACUUGCACGAGGCGCUUAGCACUUUGAAACUUCUUCUGUUUACAGUCAGAAUGUGUUAGAAACGUGUUCAAAUGUUUGGCAGUGAACGGUCUGAGUGGUGGGCAGUCUCGUGGACAUCACUGAUAAGUUAUCGAGUAAUAAAGUCUGAAGUGACA